CUCGACUCGCCGUGCGGGGAGAGCCUGGAGUGCGCGCGCGGCGUGUGCCGCUGCCGCUGGGCGCACGCCGUGUGCGGCACCGACGGGCACACCUACGCCAACGUGUGCGCGCUGCAGGCGGCCAGCCGGCGCGCGCUGGAGCUCUCGGGGACGCCCGUGCGCCAGCUGCAGAAGGGCGCCUGCCCAUCGGGUCUCCACCAGCUGACCAGCCCACGGUACAAGUUCAACUUCAUCGCGGACGUGGUGGAGAAGAUCGCGCCGGCCGUGGUCCACAUAGAGCUCUUCCUGAGGUGCGUGAGCCCCUCCCAGGCGUCCGCCCAUUCUAGCACCGGGAGCAGGCUCCAGACCCCGAGACAUGUCAUUGAGGAAAUUACAACUGGACAUGCUAAGUGGCACAUCCCUGGCCUUCCUGUGACCACGUGGGAUGGAUCCUGCUGCUUUUUGCUCCUGGGGGGAAUUUCGGCCCCACAUGGCUCUUUAAGGAGGGCAGAGGCUUUCAUAGUGGCUCUAACGGAGUCCUGUCCUAUUUUGUUCCCAGACUGGAAGAAGCGAUUCAUUGGCAUACGGAUGCGGACCAUCACACCGAGUUUGGUAGAAGAACUAAAGGCCAGCAACCCAGACUUCCCGUCGGUCAGCAGUGGGAUUUAUGUGCAAGAGGUUGUCCCAAACUCACCUUCUCAGAGAGGGGGCAUCCAAGAUGGCGACAUCAUCGUCAAGGUCAACGGGCGCCCUCUGGCGGACUCGAGCGAACUGCAGGAGGCCAUCCUGACGGAGUCCCCUCUGCUGCUGGAGGUGCGGCGGGGGAAUGAUGACCUCUUGUUCAGCAUCGCGCCCGAGGUGGUCCUGUGAGUGUGGGGCCCCUCCCCAUGUCGCCACGUGCCAGAGCCUGCAGCCCGGGACAGGUGCCGGCCGAGAGCUCCCGUCCAGAGCCACUGACGCGCACAGGGUCAGGACGAAGGACCAAGGACGGUCCUCAGCAGGGCCGGUGGCCUCCUUCUGGCCAUCCAGGGGCAGAGCCACAGGCAGGGCUUGGCCAGGGACCCACCUCAGCCUUCGGGAAGGUUGACACUCCCACAUCACUGUGCCACGGGGGCAGCCGGUGUCCCCCUCGUACAGAUGCUCCCGACGGCCACCUUCCAAGUGCCCGGGAUAUCUAGAACACCCCUCUGGAGUUCCCCACAGGUCCCACCCUCCCUUCUACUCCCCUGCCUUUAUACCUGUCCAACCUCUGUCUAAAUGCCCAACCUGUGCCUACCCCACCCCCUGCUCCCACUCACCUGCUCAGAUCAGUUCCCCAGCCUGUCCUCCCCGACGAAGGUCUCCCAGCCCCUGCCCCAGACACCACAGUGCCCACCACAUUGAAUGACCAAGGCUGUCGCUCCGCCAGCCUGGAGGACCUGGACGGUGGCCGCGUCUGACCUGCUUGGGGCGUCAAGUGUGGGGACCUGGCCCAGAGCAGGCCCCUAGGGGAUGUCCCCUGGUUUCCCAGCCCAACCCUGUGGCUGGUGAUGAGGUUCACCUUCCCAGGCGGGAGAGAGACUGGCCAGGAGCAGAGUGUCUGGGAGGCUGCUUGUCCCCCUGGAGGUGACAAUGGGCCGGCGGGCAGAGGAAGUGUCCUGAUGGGGGGAGGGGUUGCAAGGACUGAGCCGGCUUCGCCUCCCCUGCGCCGUUCUGCACGGGGCCACCGGCUCACAGAAUCGGCCCCUAGAGCGGCUGGGGAGCGCACAUGUGUUGAGGUGUAUUUGUGAGCUUCGCUGUAUAGUGGACCCCCAUUUGCUUGUAUUAUAUGUUUCUCUACUGUGUGGAAAUUAAAGUUUACGAACACAUGGUCCUUA